GCUGCUCGCAGUUCCCCUACGAACCAGCGUCGGGCCGAUUUCGAUAGGUCGCCACGGCGUCGCUCUUCCUCGUCGGGGCCGUCGCUGCGGUGGUCGUGCGGCGAGCCCCACCCUCUGCACGCCCCGCUGUGACCAUGUCUGCCACAGCUGCCGUUUCCACCCGCGCUGGCCUCGGCUGCGCUUCGGCUGAGGAGGCGGCCUACACUCUCGACGGCGGCUACGCGCUUGAGCCCAACGCGGACGGCACUGGCGGCUGGCUCGCUCACCGCGCGAGCCUUGACUUGCCCAGUUCUGGCGCUGGCGACGACUGGCUCCCUCGCGACAUGCUCGAGGCAGCGCGCGACUUUCGUCCCGCGGGUGCCAAGCUGGCGCACGCGCCUCGCGUGCUUGUCUUGUACGGCUCCCUGCGCGAGAGCUCCUUCAGCCGGCGGCUCGCCCACGAGUGCGCGCGGCUGCUCGAGGCGAUGGGCGCCGACGUGCGCGUCUUCAGCCCGCAGGGCCUCCCGGUGCGCGACCCGUCGCUGGAGGACCACCCAAAGGUCAAGGAGCUGCGCGCGCUGUCGCUCUGGUCGGAGGCGCACGUGUGGGUCUCGCCCGAGAUGCACGGCACCAUCACCGGCGUCUUCAAGAACCAGAUCGACUGGCUCCCCCUCAACACGGGAAGCGUGCGGCCGACGCAGGGCCGCACCGCCGCAGUGCUGCAGGUGAACGGCGGCUCGCAGUCCUUCAACGCCGUCAACGAGCUGCGCCGGCUCGCGCGUUGGAUGAGAAUGCCCUGCACCACCAACCAGUCUUCGGUGGCAAAGGCGUGGCAGGAAUUUGACGAGGCAGGCCGCAUGAAGCCGGGCCCGUUCCGUGAGCGGGUGGUGGACGUUAUGGAGGAGCACAUUAAGUUUACGCGGCUGAUGCGCGAACGCCGAGCCGACUUCCCCGUCGAUCGCGAGAUGACCGCGAGAUGACCCGAGAUCGCCCGAGAUUAGGCGCGAGCACGCCGACUUCCUCGUCGAUCGGUACUCGGAGCGGAAAGAGAUUGCAGACAAGGGCAAGCUGCUCACUCAAGCGGAGAAGGAGGGCGCCGAGCUCAUCGAGAGCAAGAAGCCGUGAGGGCGCGCGCGGCGAUAUGUGUUUUGUGAUUUGUGAGCGAGCGUUGGCGUACACUGUCGCCGCCGGCACGAGUGGCGAGUGCGGUACCACCUCCCGUCAAGAGAGAGCCAAG